UUGGCCACCCUGCCCAAGAGGGCUCUGGUUCCUCUGCAAACACUCGGUCAGCCGUCUCUGUCCCCGUCAUCCAUCCAGCUCGGCGCACCGGCACAACGCGCGCUGCAGUAUUACAGAGUGAAUACGGCGAAGCAACUGUCUGGCUAUUUUGACGACGACUUCUGGACAACGUCGGUGCUCCAGGUCGGAGACCGAGACCAGUGCGUCAGUUACGCCUUGGUCGCCCUCGCCUCGCUCCACGAACACUUUAACGCCGAGGCGAUCGGGGCCGCCCAUCUGAUGGCCAAAGACCCCGAAGCCGCAUGCCGCCUCGCGGGGCCGGAUAUGUGUUCUGUCCCUAUGCGGCAUGCCCUGUCCUACUACACCGAGGCGGUCCGUCGCCUCCACACGCAAAUCUCCACCUGCGCCGGCGGCCAGAUCGAGACGACGUUGCUCUGCUGUCUCCUCCUCGCCGCCUUUGAGCUGCUACGAGGCUACCACAAGGAAUCCCAGGUUCAUCUCCACGGCAGCGCAGGUCUCCUCCAAGCGUGGCAGGAUCAAAACGCCGGCCGCGGCGGAUCCAUUUGGUCACCGCGGGGCUACUUCAUCCGCGAGAAGCUGGGCCCCUUGUUCUGUCGCAUGGCGUUGCAGGCCAGUCUGUUUGGCCACGCACAGCCGGCGCCCUCGUCGUCGAACCACGGGGACGACGGUGCCGCGUUGGCGGGCUUCAUCAGUGAUACCCACGACAGCAAGAAAAGGACCACUUACGACGACGCCGGAGUGCGCAUCGCCAGUUCAGCAGAGGCUCGCGACACGCUGUAUCAGCUAAUCUGGCACAUGCACCUGUUGCCCGAGGGCCAACACCAUCUCAAGGGCACCCGAACAAAGCGGGCGAGGGCUAAAGGCCAGGAUAACUUCAUCAGAGGUCUACAUCAGUGGCAAGACACUCUCUUCAAGUACCUAGAGCGGCAGCAGUCCUCCAGUAGCGUGAGCUCUACUAUGCUGAAGCUGCUUUACACAGCGGCGCGCGUCAUUAUUCCCACCUUUACCUUAUACGACCAGAUGGUCUUUGACAGCUUUGCAACGCAGUUCCGCGAGAUGACGGACCUGGCCGAGGCCUUGCUGUUCCCGUCCUCGCCCGAGCCUCCGCCGCCGGCGGGCCAUGAAGUCUCGUGCUUUUUCUCCCUGGAUAUGGGCGUACUGCAUCUGCUGUACCACGUCGUCAUCCGGUGCCGCGUGUGGUCCACGCGACACCGGGCGCUCGCGUUGCUUCGGCGCGCCCAGGCUCGGCGCGAGGGCGUAUGGGACGGCGCGGCGACGGCGCUGGUGGCCGGACGCGUCGUCGCCCUCGAGGAGCAGGCGGCGCGGCGGCAUAGCGCGCAAAUCGCGGCUGACGGAGACGGAGACGGCGGCGGCGGCAGCUCCUGCAUACCGGCGUCGGCGCGCGUGUGUUCGGUCAGGACUGACGUCGAUCUGGAAAACCGCACGGUUGUGCUGCGCUGUGGGUGGCAGCGGGACACGUGGUGCAGUGAGGAGCUGUUGACAUGGUGA